AUGUCGAGUAGGAAGUGUUUGACUGUUGCCGACUUUUUCACCGCGAUGUUGGGAAACAAGAGAAGACGCGGCGAUGUUCGCUCCUCGCUUCGCCUUCUAACCGAAACAAGAGUUGGGGCUUCGACAGGGAAGUUGGACUGAGAGCUUUCCGCUGGCGCCCAGCCAACACCACACUGACCGCUGUCAUGGAGCCCAAGAAGCCCAGCCUGCUGAAGCACCUUCGUCAGAAGGUGACGCGGCGGGUCAAGAUGAGUCCCAGCAAGGCAGCCGUGUUGAUGCAGCAGCAGCUGGAGCAGCGCUGCUCCUCUGUGCCCAACAUGAGGGAGGUGAAGCCACAGGACUCUCCCACGGGCCGCGGGGAGGGCUCCACCCCGCCCAGGCUCCGGCCCGACAGGGUGGCAGGGAGGAGCCAGAACAGGCUGAGCGUCCCUCUGGACUGCCACGACUGGGCCUCCUCGCAGGAGUCCUUCAGCAGCUUCACGGUGGAGGACAGAGCCGUCUACAUGGAGGAGACGGAGGCCCAGUCGCCCGACAGCCUGGCGCCAGACAGUCCUCAGGACCGGACACAGGGCGACAUGGAUUCAGACUCGGCCAUCUUGUCCGAGGGCAACAGGAAGUCCUACCUGCUGACCAUCAACCUGAAGGAGGGACGGAACCUGGUCAUCCGGGACCGCUGCGGCACCAGCGACCCGUACGUCAAGUUCAAGCUGGAAGGCAAAACCUUUUACAAGAGCAAGGUGGUGUUCAAGAACCUCAACCCGUCGUGGAACGAGUCCUUCUCCAUUCCUGUCAAAGACCUGAGCCAGUCGCUCGUCGUCAAGGUGUACGACCGCGACCUGGCGUCUGACGACUUCAUGGGCGCCGCCAAAGUCCUGCUGAGCGACUUGGACUUGGAGAAGGUCAACGCGCUGUCUGUGGCCCUGGAGGACCCCAACAGUCUGGAGGAGGACAUGGGCUCGGUGCUGCUGGACCUGACUCUGUCUCUGAGGGACGUGGACAGCAGCAGACUCAAUCGCUGGCCCCGGAAGCCAAGCUCCAGGUCCAGCGGAGCGCAGCAAAGCCUGCGUCUCUCCGACACCAUGAGGAAGAGUCAGCUGUGGACGUCAGUGGUGACGGUGGUCCUGGUGGAGGGUCAGGACGUGAGCGGCCCGGGUCCCGGGCACCUCUUCGUCUGCUUCAGACUGGGAGAGCAGAGGUACAAGAGCAAGAACCACUGCAAAGUCUCCAACCCUCAGUGGAGGGAGAAGUUCACCCUCAACCAGUACCCGGAGACCUCCUCGGUGCUGGAGGUGGACCUGUGGACCAAAGAGGGCCGCAGGAGCGAGGAGUGCCUGGGAGUCUGUGACGUGGAUCUGGCCGCCGUGCCCUUUGACCAGAGGCAGCUCUUCACGCUGAGCUUGGAGCAGGGCAGAGGUCGCCUGGUCUUCCUCCUCACCCGGAGCGUCUGCGCUGGAGUCUCCGUCUGUGACCUCGCAGCCGCCCCACUGGACGAUCCGCGGGAGCGCCAGAACCAGCUGGACAACUACGUGCUGAAGAGGACCUUCUCCAACCCGGCUGACGUGGGCUUCCUGCAGGUCAAGGUCACCCGGGCCAGAGAGCUGCUGUCUGCAGACCUGAACGGGAAGAGCGACCCCUUCUGUGUGCUGGAGCUGGGCAACGACCGGCUGCAGACCCGCACCGUCUACAAGAGUCUGAGCCCCGAGUGGAACCAGGUCUUCACUCUGCCGGUCAGGGACGUGCACGAGGCCCUGGUGGUCACCAUAUUUGAUGAUGACGGGGACAAGCCUCCGGACUUCCUGGGCAAAGUGGCCGUCCCUCUCCUCUCGGUGCGCAAGGGUCAGGUGUGGUACGGGCUGAAGAAGGAGGACCUGAGCCGCCCGUCCAAGGGCAGCAUCAGCCUGGAGCUGGAGCUGAUCUUCAACCCGGUGCGGGCCAGCAUCAGAACCUUCAGUCCCAGAGAGAGACUCUUCGUGGAGGACAACCCCAAGUUCUCCAAGAAGGCUCUGGCCCAGAAUGUGAUGCGGGUCCAGACGUUGUACCGAGCCAUCAUGACCACGGUGCAGUACGUCCAGAGCUGCUUCCGCUGGGAGAGUGUGCAGCGGAGCCUGCUGGCCUUCAUGCUGUUCCUGCUCACCGUCUGGUUCUGGGAGUUCUACAUGCUGCCGCUCUUCCUGGUGCUGCUCAUCAGCUGGAACUACCUGCAGAUCCGCUCCGGGCGAGUCUGCCAGGACCUGGACAACUUGGACCUGGAGGAGGAGGAGGAGGACGACGAGAAGGAGUCUGAGAAGAAAGGGCUGAUGGAGAAGAUCUACAUGGUGCAGGACGUCAUCAUCACCCUGCAGAACCUUCUGGACGACAUCGCCUGUGUUGGAGAGAGAAUCAAGAACACCUUCAACUGGUCCGUCCCGUUCCUGUCCUGUUUGGCUCUGCUGGUCUUCAUGGUGGCGACUGUGAUCACCUACUACAUGUCUGUGCGCUACAUCGUGUUGUUGUGGGGUGUCAAUAAAUUCACCAAGAAGCUGCGGAACCCCUACAGCAUCGACAACAAUGAGGUGCUGGAUUUCCUGUCCCGGGUCCCGUCAGAUGUGCAGAAGGUAAGUCCGCCCGGAUCAGUCCGCCAGGAAGGCCCCUCCCCCGCCCGCCGCCGCCCGUGUAAUUAUGAGCCCCGCCAUAAUCCUGCUCCCGCCGAGUCUCAGGCGGAGGUCCCGCGUUCCCACACAAACACCAGCGCCAGCCGCUCCAAACACUGCGCUCUGCUUCUGCAGGUCCAGUUCUCCGAGUUGAAAGCCAAGAAGAAGAAAGUGGCGUAGCAGAGGGACCGGCGUGUGGCGCCGCCUCCUCUCAUGUUUCUCUCCAGCUGCCCUUCUGACCUGCUUCUCCACUCGUCCCUCGCGCACCAGCUGCCGCUCUGCUCCAAGUCUCUGACCGACGGCGACGCUCCAUGCUUCUCAGUUGCUGCCAGUGGUCCAGCUCAACCAUCUCUCCCCAGCCCACCGCUUCACCUCCACCAGUGGGACCUUCUCGCUGACCGCCCGGGGACCAGGACCUUCCAUCACCACAGCGAGAUACUGACCCGGCGGAGGACCAGUGAUGGGCUGACGCGGGCUCAGUAGGGGGCGCUCUUGGUCUGAAAAUGACGUGAGGUUUCAUUGAGAGCGCCGCCUAGUGGCUCUGAAGCUGAGAACGCCGUUUCGUGAGGCCUCGUGCGCCUGCCGUCUCACUGCAGAACCCAGAACCCUCGGGGUCUCCUUGCCGUUCCUUCCCUCGGAACUGUGGUAGACCAGCGGUCACAUGACUCAAGGCCCUCUUUCAAAUGGUGUGAAGAAGCGGCUGGGUUUGUCGCCGGCGGCGCUGGUCUUCACGUGCGCCAGGACUUUAUUUAUUCAUGAGACUCGGAGAAGACGUGCUUCUUGUUUGCAACAACAAUAAAUGGCCGCGAGCAGCGAGUCCUCUUUCAUCUGGCGCCGCGGCGAGCUCGUCCUCGUCCUCUCCUCAUUAGGCUUCCGUGACGCGGCGCCGCCAGCCCGAGGACCUGCGCCACCUCCAGCCUGCAGCUCGGCAGAUGAAGCUGCUGCAGACGCUGCUGUUGUUCACAAACAAGCGAACGCUCCGACGCCCCAAUUAAACAGAACCGGUCCGAUCCGGUCGCCAUUAUUUUGCUGCUUUUCAUCAAAGGCUCCGCAGCUUCAGGAAGUGAAGGCGUCGGCCGCGGCGGUCACAUGACCUCCACGCUCAGCCACACAAACUUGGCUCCGAGUCUGUCCUCCUCCAACGACACCCCUCCAUGACCUUUGACCCAGACAUGGGAGGAGUGACAUCAGCCAGAUGAGGUUUGUUUUUCAGCUCUGGACUUCAGGGAGACUCCUCCACAUUGUACCUCAGCCUGGUGACGGGCCGACCCUCCCUGCCCAGUAGGUGGCGCUGUGUUCAACAGGGAAGCCAGGGCUGUGCAGCUCUAAAGACUCACAGAGAAACCUGGAGGAAACCAUCAUGAGGUCCGAUUUAGGAAAGUUUGAUGACCAAAAACAAGGUGUUGCCAAAAAAGACACGUUCUCAGGGGCAAAGGUAAAAACAGGAACGGACUUGAAGACGGGCGUUGACGUGUCCGGCAGGGCAGUGGCCAGAAAUCACCAGCAUGUUUGUCAUGCGUCUCAUGUUUCAUGCGUUUCCUCCACGUGUGGCAUGUGCGAUAGGCGCACAGUUGUUCUUCUGGGUCAGAGCGUUUAUCCACUCCGGAGUCAGCUGGCUCCUGUUGCCAGGUUGGGUCAAGUCAGGACAGGAAGGGCCUCAUCUGGAACCUGACUGCUGCGCGUCCUGUGAGUGGACCAGACCCGUACAGGCAUCUCCGGACUUGGCGCGACCGUUUCCUCACUCUCUUAAACAGAAAUAGGUUUUCAUGGCAAACAGGCUUCAGAGCAACGGAAUACCUGAUGUUUAGUGACCGUCCAGCACGUAUUGCGCCGCUCUCCGCCCCUGCAUUUCCCUGGCUUCUGCAGCCGCGGCGGAGACAGGCUGUGUUCGCCGCUUGCAGCCCCCGGUGAGUGCAGAGGGUUUCUACGUUUAUUUUGCUCACGCUUGAGGCGCCACUGACAUGUUUGUGUCGGUGAAAGGUGGCCGUGACGCUUGAGUCUGAUUUGAAAGUGCGACUUAGCAAAUGAGUGUACUACAGGCUUCCCGCCACACGUCGCCGCGCCAUCAGAGAAAUGACCUCUGUCUGAAGGUGACCUCUCUCCUGAUCAUACGUAUUGAAACGAAGUGGAAACAGCGACACGCCACGCGGCUGGUCUUGAACGUGACGUUUUCGUCGGGUUAUUCGCAGGAAAAUCCCCAAAGAAACACCGUAUCAUGACCAAGUCCGUUGCUGGCGCAACUCAAGUCGCGCAUCCGAGCGGAAGUGAGGGAAGACGGGCGGCUUGGGCUGGGGGCGGGUUUACUUCUCAGAACGUUUUUUCUGUCUCCAAUUCAGUCAGCGAGGACACGCCCCCUCGGUUUCUCUGUCACUUCCUGAUUGGCUGCGUUCCGUUCCGUUUUUUUCCCCGCCACUGCUUGGAGCAGGCGGUGAAACAAGCGGCGCCUCUAGAUGUCGCUGGCUCCCUGACUCGUCCCACGUGGCUCUGACGAGGACUCCACAACACAAGUCAAGGACACUUCAAGGACGCCGUCGUCUGACAGCCGAGCAUGAAUAUGGAGCGCGCGCCACAUUACCAAGUCAAAUCCGGCCCUAAUGCGGCUCGCGCGGGUCUCUGAAGACUUGUUAAACCCGAGUGCAUGUGAGAGGCAGAGCGGGAGGGGCGGAGGACUUCUCUGACUCAGGUGGAAACAUGUCUGCCGUCAUGGUCUGAACACAAAAAGCAAAUUGAAUUCGAAAAUCCAAAUUUCUAAAACGUUAUUAAAUUCCUUAAAACUGAUGUUCUGAUGCCCAGUUGUUAAGGUUUGAAAACAAAAAAAAAAGAUUUACAUAGUAUUUUAAAAAGUUUUCAAUACAGCCUGAAAAUUAAUAAUUUGAUUCAGGUUCAUAAUAUAAAGAAGUUUUUUUUUUUUUGGUUUCAGAUUGUAUUUACGUUUUUAUCAGAUUUGAAACUUUGUUUACGAGUUCAAAACCGAAGGCGCAGAAAUGGCGUUGGGGGCGUGUCCUUACUCUGUGGGCGGAGCUGAAUCAGGACUGUGAUGUUUCCAGGCAACAUGGAUAUUGUGAUGCUGUAAAAACACCUGAAGACGUGCAUGAGUCACGUGGAAGCUGCAACAUGCCGUCAGACUCCAGAUUAAAGAAGUGAGAUCCUGUCAUCACCUUUCAAAUGUCUCCUCCGACGACAUGGAAUGCAUCAUCACUAGCGGCUCAGCACUGCAGUCACGGACCGGAGUCAGAGCACAGACACGAGCCAAUGCCACUUCUGUGCCGUCAGUUUUCAACUCGUAAAAAAAAAAAUAUAAUCAUUAAAAAAAAUCUAAUUUAAAAAAACACAACACAAUUUGAAACCGAAAAAAAAUCUUCUUUAUUUCAAUAACUGGAAUCAAAUGAUCAAUUUUCACGCCAUAUUGAAAACGUUUUAAAAUACUAUUUAAAUCUUUUUUUUGCCCUUAAUAACAGGGCAUCAAAACAUGGUUUUUCUGAAUGAAUUUUUGAACGUUUUGAUUGUUUUGUUGAACUAGUUGUGUGUAUUGAAAUCUGGAGGGCAGGGAGAUCCCUCCAUAGAAACAGGGUCAAAACAAAGCAGGAUAACAGACAUGGCAACACAGCCCCAUGUGAGGAGGAGCAGUGUAACCCUUCUUACCCUUUUUGAAGUGGGAAACAGUGAAACUCUUGCAUAAUAAUGAUAAUUGACCAGAUCAGAAAACCUCAGCUCGUUAUAGCCAGUGGUACACCUCAAUAAAAAAAAAAAAAACAACGUUUGUCAAUCUUUUAGUGAACAAAUCGGAAAGAAAACAAACUUUCACAGAGCUUUGGUGAAUUCAACAUAGCAAUAGAACAUAAUUAUAGAAGGAAAAAUAUAUGGAAAAUUACCAAAACAAAAGGCGCCAAAAAAAGAAAAAAAAACCUUGUUUCCCUCCCCAAAGUUUGUAACGUUGCGGCCCAUAUAUGAACAAAUGUGCUUGGUCCUACCCCACCAGUUGCCAAGUGGGAAUGUGGUCGUCGACUCCAAAUCUUGUGGAUGAAUCUUCUUUUCUCUCGCCCCAGUGCACACUGGGGAU